AUGGCAAAGGUCUUUCAGGAUACGCGUUGUGUGAAAUUAUUCGACGAGUGGACCACACGUACGAAGGCGCCGAAUCUGGAAAUGGGUGCCGAUGGACAGGGAUCGCAGUUCCUGCUCGAGACGUACGAUCAGUUCGAGACAGUUGAGCGUCAAUUUGAUGUUCAGGUCAGUUCGGGUGGGUAUUUGUACCUGGUGUGGCGAAGCUCGCGCGAGGAGGUUACACUGUGCUCAUUCAGGCUGCCGAGGAGAAAUCCGAAUCUCGCUCUGCAGACUGUUGUGGUUGCCGGUGAAGGUCCUGCAUUCCGUGCCGAUCUGAACAUGGUUAUUGACCCGUAUGGUGCAUUGGCAGAGCUAGUUGCUGGUGGGAGGCUCUCGUGGACAUCAGACAAUGUUGUGUCAUGCAUGGAGCUGAAGGGCGAGUAUGACGACAGGUGGUCUACUCCUGUGCAGUCAUCCUUUGACAUGGUGCAUGCCGGUGAGCUUGUUGAGCUUUCAGUAAACUUUCGGCUUCGUGAGCACGUGAGUCCAAAUGGGGCAAACGUAGGUCGCAAGUUUCUUACACGACUUGACACUGUCAUGAUCGUGAGUCGCUUGGGGAUGAAGCUGAUUGUGGACUGCGAGUCAGAGCACUUGUCGAUGAUGCGUAUUGCUGCGGCGGCUGAUAACACUGGUGGAGGUAAGGCUCCGAAGAAGAGACGGUUCUCUUACCUCCAGUCUGUGCCUUCUGUUUUAACCAGUACUGAACAACACUUGAAUUCGCUGACAGUAUUGGACAAGACAGAUGAUGUAGAUCAGGUAAUGAAGCCGGUGGGAUAG